AUGGCGGCGUCUAAUGCUUCGACUACGAAGACGCUUCGCCCAGAUAAUAUUGAGAUACCACCACCUUCAUCGAGUGGCACGAACAAGCCAGCAGAGGAGUUUGAGGGCCCCAUAUCACCGCGGUCAUGGCGACACCGUACUGUUACGUACCAGGUUCCCUCGAGAAGGGUAACCAACGGCAGCUUAGAUGCUGAAGACUACUUUAUCGGUCCUCGUGACAUGUCCAAGCACAGCAAAUGGCCAUACUUCAUGCGAAUGCACGGCUCGGUCUUUCCUAAGAUGAUAUUACCACUCACAGUAGUAACUCUCUGGUCGACCCUCAUCACAUGCGUCUCUGAAUUCAUUUUCGAGCUCAAAGUCAGCACUCUUCUUUUGACCGUUCUUGGUUUCGUCGUUGGUCUUGCCAUUUCUUUCCGAACAAGCACCGCAUACGAGCGUUACACCGAGGGCCGAAAGUACUGGAGUCAGUUGAUCUUCGUUAGCCAAAACUUGGCAAGGACAAUCUGGUACCACACUUCCGAACGCGAAGGCGACCUCGGAAAGGAAGAUCUUCUCAACAAGCUCUCUGCACUCAACCUUCUCAACGCCUUUGCCUGCUCUGUCAAGCACAGGCUCCGUUUUGAGCCUGGUAUCGACUACCCCGAUCUCCGCGACCGCAUUGAGUACCUGGACACUUUUGCCCGCGCUGCUGAGCUCGAUAUCCCCAAGCCAGGCGACAAGAAGAAGAUCAAGGCUGUUGGUGAAUACCUCGGCGUCACAUUCGCCGAGUCGAACCCCCGCAAGAGGAUCAAGCGCUCCAAGAAGCCUCUCGGUAACCUGUCUCUCGAAAUCCUGAACCAUCUCUCCUGCUACGUCCACAGCAUCAUCGACAACGAAACGCUCAAGGUCGGUCUUUACCAGAACCAAGCCAUUACCGGUGUUGUUCAGCUCAACGAGGCCCUCACUGGUAUGGAUCGUGUUCUCCAGACUCCUUUGCCUAUCGCCUACUCCAUCGCCAUCUCGCAAAUCACCUGGGUCUACGUUAUGAUGUUGCCUUUCCAACUGUGGGAUGACCUUCGCUGGAUCACCAUUCCCGGUUGCAUCUUCGCCGCCUACAUCAUCAUCGGUCUCUCAGCCAUCGGUCGCGAAAUCGAGAACCCCUUCGGUCACGACGUCAACGAUCUUCCCCUCGAAGCCUACUGCGAAGAACUCGAAAUGGACAUCGACACCAUCACCGCGCAACCACCUCCCGCCGCCGCCGAAUUCAUGCGCCGCCCAGGUAACAUGCCCAUCUGGCCGCUCAGCCAGAAGAACUUCGAGUCCUGGGCCGGAAGGAGCAAGCAGGACAUCCGCGAUGCGCUAAUGACAAAGACAAAAGCGGAUAUGGCGGUGCGCAAGAGCUUUGCUGUUGCGAGGGAGAGUGAGAGCGAGGAGAAGGGACAUCACGGGUUGCAGCAGCAGCAUGAUGCGUAG